GCGAGGGCCGGGCGGCGGCGCUGCGAGGGGCGCGGCGCUCACCGCGCUCCGGGCGCUGCGGGCAUGGCUCCGCCCCUGGCGCCCGGCCGGGAUCGUGCGGGCCGGGAGGAGGAGGACGGCUGGGAGGCGCGGGGGGACCGCAAGGCUCGGAAGCCCCUGGUGGAGAAGAAGCGGCGCGCGCGGAUCAACGAGAGCCUGCAGGAGCUGCGGCUGCUGCUGGCGGGCGCCGAGGUGCAGGCCAAGCUGGAGAACGCCGAGGUGCUGGAGCUGACGGUGCGGCGCGUGCAGGGCGCGCUGCGGGGCCGGGCGCGCGAGCGCGACCAGCUGCAGGCGGAAGCGAGCGAGCGCUUCGCCGCCGGCUACAUCCAGUGCAUGCACGAGGUGCACACGUUCGUGUCCACAUGCCAGGCCAUCGACGCCACCGUGGCUGCCCAGCUCCUGAACCACCUGCUUGAGUCCAUGCCGCUGCGCGAGGGCAGCAGCUUCCGGGAUCUCCUGGGGGACGCCUUGGCCGCGCCGCCGGGAGCCCCUGGGCGGAGCCGCUGGCUCACAGGAGGGACCGUGGGGUCCCCGCAGCCCAGCCCUCCGGGCCCCAGGGACGACCUGUGCUCCGAUCUGGAGGAGGCGCCUGAGGCUGAACUGAGCCCGGCGCCUGCUGAGGAGCCGGAGUUGGUGCUCCCAGCCCUGGGCAGCCUGACAGCUGCCCGCAUAUCCCAGAGCAUCUGGAGGCCUUGGUGACUGCUAGCCUGGGGCUGCGGGGGUGGGCCCAGCUUUCUUGCUCUGUAGUCCCUUCUCCCUGGGGUCCAGAUGUGGUGGGGCAGGGUCCUGGAUGUCUCCCAGAUCUGUCUGCCUCCCUCCUCCAGCUUACAGAGCAGUCCCAGAGGACCAGCCCAAUCAGGCCCCUAUCCCUGUUUCUUGAGGAAGUAACUUUUAUGGGCCCCACAGCCCUCAGGUGCAUGGAGAGAGGAAGCUACAGGCAGGAGAAAGAAUCUUGCAGAGCAACCAAGGCUCUCUGGAGUUCACCUGUCCCAGGCUUCUCAGGCACUUUGUGGGUCUGGGGGCAGAGGUGACCCGAGUGACGCUGAGCCUCUCCUUGGUGCUCGGCACUAGUGUCAGGGCAGAGGGGGGCCUCAGGCCCUGGUGGCCCUGGGCUUGAAGCUUGAACUUGCCACUUGGGCCAGGGCACGGGGGGGGGGGGGGGGGGGGGGGGAGCAGGUGCGUUCUACAGCACUGCCCACAGCUGCCGGGAGAAGCAGGGCUCUCUUUACGUGUUGCAUUUAGCAUGCUCGAGCUUGUGUAUUAGGUUGCCAUCAAAUGUUCCAAUUCUGUUAAAUAAAGGAUUUUGGAGAGUUCGUUACCCUUCUGAAGUA